AUGCAACCUGUCCCAUCACCAACAUUGCCAGAAAAUUCUAGCAGCCCAGACGAGACGCCUAUCCUCGCACCUCCCUCCACAGCAUCUCGAACUACACGCUCAAGUCCGCGCAAGUCCUCAACCGAAUCUCCUACGAAGCGCGAGCUCCGUUACACAUGGCAGGACAAUGAGGAUUUGAUUCUAGUUCCGAAAGUGCCUGCAUCUAUCGCAGGACAAAGCCAGACACCGCGCAGGCAGCGCAUACUGAAGCCAGUCGCGAGCAAUAGUCGCUUGCUGAGGCGGUUAAGCGAUGAGAGCCUGGCGACGCCGGAACCGAAAGCGCGAGUGAGGGGGCUGGACAAUGGCGAUGGGUUCGGUGAGAGGAAGAGCAAUCUGUAUGCCAGGAAUUUGGCGAAGACGGUCGCGAGGAGUAAGGUGAAGAAUAAGAGUCAGGACUUUGCGAUGAGAGAAGGGAAGAUUGAGAUCAGAGUUGACGAGGACACUGUGCUCGAUGAGGACGAGGAGCCGGACCAGAGUUUGUGGUGUGGUGACGACGAUGAGACAGAGGAAAAGGAAGAGGUGGUAGUGGAGAAAGAGUCGGAAGAGAGCGAAGAAGAGGAUGACGAGCCUAUAAUUGACGCGAGAACCAGGAGAACUCCUGCUCGAACUCGUGUUGUUGUGGAGGAUGAUUCUGAUUCGGAUUCGGAUGUCUUCUACGAGACUCAAGAAGACAAGCGAGGCAAUUCUGAACCAUUGUCUGAACCACAGUCGACUUUGGACACAACCGCACCCCGAAUUCCCUUUCAGAAAGGCAGUAGUGCCGUCUCGGAUUGGGCUCAAGAUGUUGUGGAUCUGACAAGCUCACCUGAGCUACCUCAACAUUCCGUUUUUCUCCCACCCACUCGUAACACAUCACUCGAACCCAAAUCUCGUCCCAUGAGCUCGCACUCGGACGAUGUGGAUGCGAUGUUAUAUUUUUCACCUACCCCCAAGAAACUGAAAUCCCCUCGAAAGGCUCCUCCGGUCUCCAGGCCCAGUACGCCUCCCCAGCCAGUCUCGCCAUCGAAGCUUGUUUCGCCCUCAAAAAGAAAGCCCAGGAUACCAUCUGCUGCAGACCUACGCCCUAGCCUUGAUGGAUUCUGGAAUCCGGAGGUUGUGAACGACUGGAAUGAUAAGCACUCCCCCUCAAAACCUCUCGUCUCUCCUCGGAAACAGAAGUGGCUCCAAGCACUCGAGCAAGGUGUGCAUACUUCGAACAGUAUCUCUAUUGAUAGUGAUGGCGAACUGAGUGAUGCAUCGCUGCCGUCUCCAUCUACCUCACCGCGAAAGAAGUCUUCCCAGUCCCCGGUCAAGAAACCAACGUCCGGCACCUCUCCGACUGUCUCCCAGCUCCGUGCCCAACGCAAAGCCUUCUCCGACCAGAAACAUUCUCUUGCUGAAGCAUUCCUAACUAAGCUCGAUACGACCAUCACCUCCGGUCGGAUAGCAGCCCUAACCACAUCCACCGGCGGUAUCCAGCUUCUCUGGUCCAAGACGCUCAAGACCACAGCCGGGCGCGCAAACUGGCGCAGAGAGCAGAUCCGCACUCGGACAGGACCAAACCCAGGAGACAUCAAAACCACCAUCCACCACCAUUGCUCCAUUGAACUCGCAGAGAAGGUCAUCGACGACGUCUCCCGUCUGUAUAAUGUUCUAGCCCACGAGUACUGCCACUUGACAACAUUCAUGAUAUCCAAUGUGCGCAACAACCCACACGGCGCGGAGUUCAAGGCCUGGGCGAGGCAGGUCAGCGAUGCGUUCCAGGAUGAUGGCGUCGAGGUCACGACGAAGCACAGCUACCAGAUCGCAUACAAGUAUGUCUGGCAGUGCGUGGGAUGUGGAUACGAGUUUAAGAGGCAUUCCAAGAGCGUGGAUCCGCUGAGACAUUCGUGUGGAAAGUGCAAGGGGCGGUUAGUCCAGACGAAGCCUACCCCGCGAGGUGGUGGUGCAACAACAAUGGAGAAGGGUGGAGAGAAAGUGGUGAAGCCCAAGUCGGAAUACCAGAUCUUUGUCAAGGAGAACUUCAAGAGGGUCAAGGCAGAUUUGGAGAGGGAAGGCAAGGACGCGCAGAUGGGUAAGGUCAUGGAGGUUGUCGCGAGAGAGUACAGGACGUGGAAGGAGAAGAAGAUGGAAAAGCAGGUCGACGAGGUUGAAUUGGCGCUCGAAGGGUUGAAGUUGUGA